AGCUGUUGCCGGAAGUGCCGCGACGACACGCUUGUCUUGUCAGUCCGUAAACUGCAGAUUCGUUCACCCCGAAUUGUGAUUUGGACACGUUUCCCGUUUUUAUAAUUAUUAGAAAAUAAGUACGGAAGUUUGCCGAUGUAUAUCUGGCAAUACUUGUACUCAACCUACUUGAGAUAUUGGCUCAAGUGGCUCAUCAGGCAGGCGACGGGAACAUGUGAGCUGCAGAGGAUAUGCUCGGGAUACGGGCCGGGGGCGGCCAGAACAUUAAAUACAGAAUACUCCCUGAAGUCAUCAAAGAGCAAGCUUCUACGGAGCGCCGUGGAAAGCAGCGAGGAGCACUUCGGAAAACACGUGGAGCAAAUCAUGAAGGAGAAGAACAUCAAAACGCAGACACUUUUCAAGGAAAGCCUGCACACGUCGCUCCUGCAAAUAACAGGCUACAAGAGCCUUUAUGGAACUGUGGAAGAGGUUAGGAAGGAAGUCUUCAGCCCUGAGAACCCUCAACACGAGGACAUGCUGAUUAAGCUUUGGGAGCUGCUCAUGCCGAGCGUCACGCUGGAGUCCAGGGUGACCAAGCAGUGGGGCGACAUCGGCUUCCAAGGUGACGACCCCAAGACGGACUUCCGAGGAAUGGGCGUGCUGGGUCUCACAAACCUUCUCUUCUUCAGUGAAAACUACACACAAGAAGCUCGUCAGGUCCUGUCUCAUGCAAACCAUCCCAAACUGGGGUACUCGUACGCCAUCGUGGGGAUCAACCUGACGGAGAUGGCGUACAGCCUGCUGAAGAGCGGCGCCCUCAAAGCUCAUUUUUACAACACGGUGCCGGGCGCUCCCGACCUACGACACUUUCAUCAGCUCUACUGCUACCUGGCGUUUGAGUUUGAUAAAUUCUGGCGGGUCGAGGAACCCGAAAGCAUCAUGCUCUUCAACCAGUACAGGGAGAAGUUCCACGACGUCAUCCUGAGCCGUCUGGAGGAUCCUCAAGUGUCUCUUACUCUAAGCACCCCGUCCUAAAAUUACAACAGUGGCAACGCUAGCCUGGAAACGGACUGAACAAGACAAAAGCACAAACCUCCAAUGGAAUUCAUGGUUUGGUCAACUAAUCCAUAAUAGUAAUAAUACACAUUUAAAACAG